AUGGCUCGCAGCGUCUCGAGACGAACGCUGGCUGGGCAGGCGGACCCGAGCGACGACGAACUCCCGCCUCCAUCCGCAUUGCUCAACACGCUCGCUACUUCCGCCAGACCUCGGGGGGGGACGCCGCCGCCGCUCGUACGGGCCACAUCAACGCUGCCACGACGCAGUCCACGGCUGUCAGGCGUGAAGGAGGCCGGGUUGACGGGUUUGCGACGAGGCGAGGUGGUCGGGCCUACCGUGGAGGAACCGCUCGCGCGGCGAUCGCCUCGUACGCCUAGGCAGCAGAUUGCACAGAUUGCGGACUCGCCUACGUCCGCAGAGCAGCAUCGCCUACUCGCCGAAGAGCUCUUCCCGCCUUCGCCUCCCGCCAACGUGAUUUCGUCUGCCGCCAUGUCGCCCGAUGUCAUCGAGGAUUCGGAUGAGGAGAGGGGUACGAAGCAGACAGCGAUGUCGAGCACGAAGACGGGUCGAACGGCGAGCUAUGAGAACGAGGAAGGCGACUUGCUGGCGAAGAGACUGGAGAUGCUAGGUUUGAGCACGCCCCGCGGCCUUCCUCCCGCCGCACCUAGGCGCUCUCCCUCCGUCAUCCCCGACUCCGUUGCUUCGACAACUUCUCCUGCUCUCUCCUCAGCCCCCUCAACCCGAACCUCAGCUUCACCCUCUCGCAGUCCAGCAUCGCGCCUAUCCUCCAAACCGCCUGCCAAGCUGUCUACCUCGACAAGAACACGCGAGACUCGAAUCGAGGCGGAGACGGUCGUCGUACAGGAGACGCAAGAGGACGAAGAGGUCAUCCUGGCUUGUACAGACGACGUAGAAGAGGAGGAAGCGCUCGCAACGGGCAUUGGAAGCAAGUCUGGCUGGUGGAGCGAAGACGUGACCGAGACUGACGGCAUAUUGAUAUACGAGCCGACACCGAGGAAACGACUUGUCAAGCUUCCCUCUUCCCGCGCCUCCCCUUCGCCGUUCCUCAAAUCCGCCAAAUCCCCUGCACACUCUUCAAGCUCGGCUCCCGCUUCGAAAGCGGUGCCCGGUGGACGCAAAGAGACCCGAUAUGGAACGGAACCGCCUGCGAAGGACGCGAAGGCUCGCGGUUCGAAGCUAAGGGUCGAAAUCGACCUCACCGGCGAGAGUAGCGAGGAGGAGAUCUUGGACAUGGACAAGAAGGUCCGCGACGACGAAUCCCUCCCGCCGCCUCCGACUCGCCGAAGGCCAACUUCACCUCCCUCCUCUGGUCCUGCACCUCCAUCCAGCCCUCAUACCCCUAUCGCACGCCCCAAAGCCCCUCGACUUCCGUCACAGCCCCUUCCUCCUCGCACACCCUCGUCAACCUCCUCCGUUCCCCGCCUCACUCCCAAAGACCGCCAGGCUCUCCCGCUGCUACUCAUUCGGGAGCUCGACAAGUCCGUCUUUCGCAAGCGUUGGGAUGGGUUGAGGUGUCUGGAUAAGAAGGGCGAGGGAGGAAGGGGGAAGGGCUUGCCGGAGGGCAUCGAGGUUGUCUGGAGUAAAAGGCUAUUGAAGACGGCCGGAAGGGCGACAUGGAAAAGGUCCCGCACGGCUACGAUGCCCGGCUCGCCUGAAAAGACGACGACCCACCAAGCUCUCGUCGAACUCUCGGUCAAGGUCACCGAUACCGAGGCCAAGCUCAAGCAUACGCUCGCGCACGAGCUGUGUCACCUCGCGGCGUGGGCAAUGGACGGCGAGAUGAAGCCGCCGCACGGACCGGCCUUCAAGACCUGGGCGAAGCGCGUCAUGCUUGUCCGCCCCGACAUGGAGGUCACGACAACGCACUCGUACGAAAUCGUCUACAAAUACCGCUGGCAAUGCACUCGCGCGACCUGCGGCAAGAUCUUCAGCCGCCACUCGAACUCGAUUAACCCCUCCACGCACGGCUGUCCCUGCGGUUCCCGCAUCGUCCCGAUCGACAAGGAUGGGAAUGUCAAGUCUGGACACGGAGGUUUGCCGUCGUUUGGAGGAACAGGCGGACCGGCGACGCCCAAGACGGAGCGGAAGAAGAGCAAAUGGGUCGAGUUCUUGCAGGCCCAGUCGCCCCUCAUCCGCCGCGACAAUCCGUCCCUCCCGCAAUCUGAAGUGUUCAAGAUCGCAGCCGAGCGCUGGAAGGUGGUCAAAGCAGCUUCUGCAACACCCUCGGUACCGGCAACGCCCAGCAAGAAGGCAGCAACGAGCGGUAGUGUCGCGCUUGAGCUGGACUCGGACGGGGAGAGCGAGGGAGACUUGGGAGACAAGCUCGGACGGCUCGAGCUGUAA